AUGUUCGAUUAUUCUACUGAAGCUGAAGCAGUAGAUGAUGAUGAUGAUAAUGAAUUCGAUCUGGAAGAAGAAGAGGAGGAAGAGGAGGAAAAACAAGAAGAAGACGAUGACAACGAUAAUCAUGUCAACCAACUUAAUGAUUAUGAACAAAUAAAUGAUGACAACAUUGCUGACCACGAAGAUAACAAUGAAUAUAAUAUGAAGACUAUAAAAACGAAUUUUAAUAAUAUGAAAAUUUUCGAUGAAAUUGAACUUUCUCGAAGAGAUUCUUAUUUUAAAAUGAAGAUAAAUGAUAGUUACAAAUACGUUCAUAAACAAUCGGCGUGUUGGUUACUAACGGAUAG